AUGGCGAUGCGUGACAGGACUCAGAAGCAGCGCAAUGUAUACCAGCAGGCUUGCGCAGUCUUGUCGCUCGCUUCGCACCAGGCAGACCACCUGCCUCUUCUUGCGCGCGAUCAGCACCUCUUCCAACUCGAGACUUUCUUGAUUCAGGCUUGCGCGGCCACGGAAAGCCAACAGAAUGUCAGCAAGGGCGCUUAUAUCUCGGGACAGCCCGGCACAGGCAAGACUGCGCUUGUGAGCCGUAUCUUGCGACCUGCUCUGAAGAGGGGCAAAGAACCCAUCGCAUCCUCGUCGAUCGCUGCCGCUCCCAGCGCGAGCUCAAGCGGCACACCACAAGCUAAUCAGCUCGAGACCUUGCUCUCGGACUCGGUUUAUGUCACGCUGAAUUGUGCCGCGCUAGACACGUCCCUGUCGAGCUCGAUCUGGGAGCAGCUCUUGCAUCACACCUUGGCAGCGAGGAAUGGCACUCUCGAGGAGCCGGUGGACGAGUCGCAAGUCAGGACACCCUCGAGGAAGCGUGUCCGCGGGCACAGCUCGACCCCGAUGCGCAAAGUCUCGACGCCUUCGCGCAAAGUGUCAGACAGUCGCGCAGAUUUUGAGCAGCUCUGUUAUUCUACAGACCGCGCCAGGAUCAUACUCGUACUCGACGAGAUCGACCAGCUCCAAUCAGCGCGGAACACUCGGUCGACAGCAAGUCCCUUUGCCUCGCCACGCGCUAGCCCGAUGCCAUCGCGCGCUCAGACUCCAUCAGGACGGUCAAGCACGCCGACGAAGCGUUCAGUUGAGCCAGAAGCAAGACCUGAUCUGCCCAUCAUCACGGAGCUCUACCAGCUGGCUCUUGACCCCAGCUCGCGAUUGGUACUCAUCGGCAUCGCCAACGAUCUCACACUCACUGCAUCGACUGCCAGCAAUGCAUUCCUGUCUCCCACAAAGAGGGCCAGGCCAAGCCUCGAUCUUGACGACCGGAUUGUACGCUUCAAUUUCGAGCCGUACACUUCGGACGACAUGACGACGAUAGCGAAGCAGCGGCUUUCACUCUUGCGAUCAGAGAACGAGCCAGUCAGCUUGUUGCCACUGUUCAUGCCACCUGCGCUCAGUUUGGCAGCAAAAAAGUGUGCAAAGAUCAAAGGUGACCUCCGCCAAUUUCUCGGCCUUCUUGCGCAGAUUGUACGCACGCUCGAAACAGAACAACUUAAGGCACUAGGUAUCUUCGAAGAAGGCGACAGCAAUAGCUUGCCUACGCCGUUUACAACGCCGACGAAGCGCCGUCAUCGUCUCUUGCAGCUUGAUAUGAAUAUCCACGAAGGCGAGCCAGCUAGCCCAAGCAAGUCAGACGCGUCCUGUGCGACAGACCCGCUCGAGCAUUUGACAGCCGCUUCUGCUCCCAAAGCUAACCCAGGUCACGUCACUGCCGCAUUCGCUAUAUCUCAAUGCGACUUUGUUGUCAGUCGGCCCGGCGGCAGUGCGGAGAUAUCCACGAGCAAGACUCGCGCCAUGGCAGAUCUGAAUUUACCUCAGACUCUCGCAUUGGUGUGUCUUGCGCUUCUGGUCGAGACGACAGAGGAAGUGCGGUCGCCGACAAAGAAAUUGCCCAAGAAAGCCAACUCGACGGCUUCAAAGGGCUGGCAGACGGUCACCUACGAUGCCGCGAUCGCCUUCUUCGCAAAGAGGCUCUCAGAUAGUCAACGCUUUCUUGCUGUCGGAUCGAGCGAGACGGCAGACUAUCCGGAGCAUCUGACUGCACUCGAGAGCACUGGCCUGGUCUCUCGCGUGGGCCCAAGCAACGAUCUUGUCAAGCUCGAGGAUCCUGCCAAUCUUAUCAUCGAAUCCUUCAUGCAGGCUCUCGAUGGCUUGGUAGCUUCUCAGGCGCAGAAGAGGGAGCAUGCGCAAGUCAUCAUCCGACGAGAACGCGAGCUCGAGGCCAGACGAUUGCAGUCGCUUGAGAACAACACGAUGGUCAGGGAGGACAGUAUCGCGCCCAUGCAAGGCUUCAGUGGACACGGUCUCGAUGACCAUGAUGAAGAUCACUGGCUGGGGAAACAGACGACGGCGCAUAGAGCAGUGCGUGGAAAGAUGCCAGUCCCUUUGACGGAGCCCCGGCGAGGGCAAGCAGAUCCAAAGUCGAGAACAGUCAAGAUGGUGCGAUCAGUCAGCUCGACCAGCUCGCUCGGCGCAGGCAGCGUGAAGUCACCGUCAAAGUCAAAAGUCACGAGAUCGCCAGCGUCCACGGCACACUAUUCGUCCAGACUGAUCCCAUCGAGGCCGCCGCCAUUGUCGAAUCCUAACGCAUCGCUCAGACGCAAGCCGGCCGUUCAAGCUAUGAAAGUAGAGGAUGAAAGCGAUUCUGAUGCAUCUGCUUCCUCCGUGUCUUCAUCUACCACGCCUUCACGGGCUAGACAAAUCGAUACGAGAUACCCUGGCCCGCGCGUGUCCUCGCGAAAAUGGGAAAUGGACGAAGAUGUGCACUCAGUCCUGGCGGGAACCUCGCAAAAUGCCAACUGGCUUGCGCAAGACGAUCUGCUCGGAUCAAUUGGUCUCUCGUCCGAUGCGCUCGGUCUUGAUGAGAUUGCCGCCUCACCCACGUUUGCUGAGCUUGGCAUGAAGCCAUACGACGACCUGUCCGACGAUGAUGACUACGAUGACACGCUCCCUCCGCAGACGGCGAUGCGAGGAGUUGCCUCCCCUGCCGGCCCGCAGGGAUCGCCUAGACAGUCACCUUUGAUUGGCUCUCUCUCGAGCUUCACCAAUUUGAUCGGCAAUCUCAGUCGACGCCCGUCAGAACAAAGCUUACACGAAGACAAUGCGCUGAGGCCACAAUCAAGCCACGAGUACCUCAGGCCAAGCCGACCAAAGGUUGCGCAACGGCCCUCUCGUGACGACCUCCGGACUCGAGUGCUAUCCCGACAGGGAUCGCGCGAUAAAUUAUCCAGCAAGCCUGGCUCGCCCGCUCUCUCACGCCGACCGUCGAGCGACAUCUCGUCUGUGUACGAUGAUCGGCGCGCACAGCGCAGCCGUACCGCCAGCGGCAAUCUCAAUCUCGGGGUCGCGGCCGCCGAUUGGAUCACCGCAAAGGCAUUCGGUCAGGCCGUCAAGGAGCCCGCUGCCCAGAAAGGUCUGCCGACACCUGUGCGCUACGCUCGCAAGGGAGCUGUCCCAGUGACGACUCCACAAGAGACCCUCUACACUCAGCCCGGGAGAGGAUCAGUUGCGCCCGAUCAGACCGCGCCUUCAUCUACCUCGGCAGGCUUUGCGCCUGCCUUUGGCUGGUCAUCCACCGCUGAAAACGCCUUCCUUGCCGAUAAUGGGCUACACAGGGCACGCUCAUCCGAAGGUCUCAGGCAGCCGUCUUCACGCAAGAAGCACGUACACGGCACCUCGAGCGCCGCGCAGUCUCGUCGACCGAGCGCAUGGUCUGAAGUGACUGCCAGCUCAAGUCUACAUGACGAACACGGCCCGCGACACUUUCCCGCGCCGCCCAGUCGGUUCCCUUUGGAUAUGCUAGACGCCAAUGCACGAGGUCCGUCGAUGCUGCGUCGGGCCUCAUCGAGUGCAAGCCUGUCCGCUGCAGCAGCACACGGGGAACACACGACGCCAGUGCAGCCAGCUCGUGCUACAGAGUCUGCGACUGCACAUGAACGACGUCGCUCGGUUGUGGAAACGUUCCAUGCCGGACUCGCAUCGUUGGCAGAACGAGAGCCAUUUGCGAAUAUAAAGCGACCCGAGUAUGCUUACGAUCAGGUGCCAGCCUUUGUGUCUCCCUUCUCGAGCGUUCGCACCAGCCCGCCCAAUCGUUCGAGGCGCACGAGCUCAAGCGGGUCGUUCAUUGUCACCGAAGGCCAGGAUGUAGACUCACAGCAGACGGGCAGCACGUCUGACCAUAGCAACGCUCGACCCGCUGCCGCUCAGACCUACCAGCGUAUGACGGGCGCUCUCGUCCGUGUAUCCGGCGGACUAGCUGCGCCACUGCGACCUCUGGUUGCGCUUGCGUUCUUCCUGUCAAUCGCUUGCGUCGCAGCUGCAACGCUCACUUCAGUCAUGAUGGCUUCAUACGGUCUGACGAUUUUUGAUGAUGUCGCUCUACGUGCUAUGCGAGGACGCAAAGCGGCGGGACAGUAUGGGCUCAAGUUGGGCGAGAGCGUCCGAUGGGGACGCGAGCUCGUCGUAAGCGCGGCAGAGAACGCCAGAGAGACGUUGGGCGCAGUAGCCGACAAGGGAAGGUCUCAAUCACAGCAUCAUCCUUCACGUCGGCACUCGAGGCGCACGCCCGCCAAUGACAAGCAUGAGGCGGAACGCAUUGCUAUUCGAGCAAGGCUCUUACCUCGCAGCAUGCAAGAGAUGCUCGAUCAAGGCGAGCUCACCAAUGAGAUGCUGGCAGAUGCAGAGCGUUCCACACGUCGACGCCGCGAGCAUUUCGAGCGGACAGACUCGCAUUCUACGACCUCGGACGGGUCUGAUAGCGGCUCAACGGACACGCCGGAGACUGAAGAUACAAAGCCAGGCUCGCCGCGAUCUGGUCUACCACCGCGACCGCCGCUGGCGAUCCUCUUACCGUCUGUAAUGGUGACGCUUCUCUUUACGUUCUGGCAAAUCUGGACGAACUACUUUCGCACGCUCCGAAGACCAGCCGCUAGAUCCGCAUAG